AUGUCUGAAGCAGGCCAGAAGCGGGAUCCUAGCCCAAGGGACGCAGGGGCCGGACCCGCUGGGAAUUUGAGAUCAAAAACUAGAACCUCCUUAGACGCUGCGAUCCGCCUAGACGAAAUCCAGUCCCUCUGGGACAAGGUUGAGCGGGAAUACGAAGCAGUCUCCCGUCUAGCCCUUCACGAAGGAAGUGGCGAAAGCGUUCGGCAGCUUCAGAGCAAAUAUGAGAAUUGCUACUUGGUUUAUGAGAGGUGUGCUUCCCAAUUAAACGAACAUAUUGCCCGUCUGUCCGCCCCCAGUUCUCAGGGGAGUUCAAAUCCGUCCGUUGAGAUGUUCUCGAAGGGUUGCAGGCUUCCGCCAUGUGACACGGAAAUCUUCACUGGAGAUUAUCUGCGGUGGCCCACCUUCCGGGACCUAUUCACAGCGAUCUACAUCGAUAAUUCCAGGCUGACUCCAGUGGAAAAAUUAUUCCACUUAAACGCCAAAACUAGCGGCGAAGUUCACGCUAUUGUUAGCAAGUCCCCCCUUACAAAUUCUGGGUUCCAAUCCGCAUGGUCUGCACUUCAAGAGCGUUUUGAAAACAAGCGACUCUUAGUAAAUAGCCAGUUGAAGGUUCUGUUCAAUCUCCCGAAGAUAAGCACCGAAUCAGGAACGGCCUUGAAGGAUCUUCAGAGCACGAUUCAAGGGUGUUUGUUUGCCAUGGAACACUCCAAUGUCUCCACAGAAUAUUGGGAUUGCAUUCUGAUUUUCUUCUGCUCUUCCAAGUUGCCAACAGUCACUCUCUUAUUAUGGGAGCAGUCGUUGAACAACAAGUCCGAAAUUCCUACCUGGGACGAGAUGAAUUCGUUCCUCGAAGAGAGAUAUCGCACGCUAGAAGCGAUUGAAGAGGUUCGACUUCAUACUUCCAACUCACAACAUACUAAGGAGCCCAGGAACCCACAGCCAAAAAGGGUAAACUCCUUUGAAACGCAAGUCGGCCCACGUGUACGCUCCUGUGAUCUCUGCUCCAGAGAGUCACAUCCAGUUCGGCAGUGUCCUCGUUUCCUCCAGAUGACUCAACCACAAAGAGUAUCAUACAUCAAGCAGAAGCGAUUAUGCCUUAAUUGCUUCGCCAAAGGACACAAUCUUCGAGAGUGCACAAGUAGACACAAUUGUUUUACGUGCAAGGGCCGCCACAACACGCUGCUUCAUAAGGAAAGUCCUGCUACUUCCACCAGCGCAGCGCAGGCUCAUAAUCCAGAUCAGCCCAUUGCGAACACUUCUGUUCAUUUCGCCUCCAAUCGGCAGGGCAUCCUUUUAGGAACGGCCAUUGUCCAAGUCUGUCACCAGGGAGAAAACUUUCCCGCACGGGCUUUGAUAGACUCAGGCUCAGAAGGCACCUUCAUCUCCGAGAAGCUUGCAACACGAAUCAAGCUUCCUUGUCAGGCCGUGAGAACUAGAAUCACGGGGCUGAACCAAACCAGCACAGGUGUCUCACAAAGGAUGUGUCAUUUCCAGAUGGGCACGGCGGCGAAGCCGAUGCUCAAGCUAGACACGACUGCGUUGGUGUUGCCCAAUCUGGCCGGGAAUCUGCCGACGAGUUCGAUCGAUCGCAGCAUUCUCGGAAGACUUCCCAAUAUUCCGUUGGCUGAUCCACUUUUUUUCCAGCCCUCCCAGAUCGACCUUCUAAUAGGGGCGGAUAUUCUUCCGUCUGUCCUCCUCUCAGGCUUGAAGCCAAACUUAUGUGGGUCACUGCUAGGGCAAGAGACCAUUUUCGGGUGGAUUUUAACCGGCCCAGUUUCUACAGCCACUAGUAGGGUUUCGUCCUUCACAACAAAGAUAUCCAUAGAAUCGGAACCUACCAUGGAGACACUUCUCACAAAAUUUUGGGAGGUGGAGGAUCUUCCAUGUAAAGUGGUAAAGGAGUCGAACAACCUGUGCGAAGAAAACUUCGCUCGAACGACUAUCAGGUCUCUCUCCCUACCCUUCAAGGAUGCUGAGCACAUCAACUUGGGGCAUUCCAGAUCAUUCGCUCUCGCACAAUUCCUAAGGAAUGAGACUCGCCUGAAAAGGGAUCCUAUUCUCAAGAGUACAUAG